UUAGGGGGAGAGGGGGCCAUGUUGUUGAGGCCAGUGUUGUCUAUUCCUACCAAAGCCUCAUGCAAAUUCUUUAACUGCUGCAAAUGUGUGUCCAGAAGUGUUAACAGGAGGCACGGAGAGGACUGUUGAUUGGUGUUUUCUGAAAAAGCAUCAAGGGGAGAAGUGGAAAGGAUUCAGACACACAAAAAGAGGUGAGAACUUAAACAAUGUAGGUGUAAACUUCAUAUCAGCAGAAUUAAGGAAACUGAGUGUGUUCAGUUGAAGUUAUCCAAAUGGACGGGAAAGAGGAUGGCAAGAAGGAGAAGAAGGAAGAUGAGGUGGUGCAACUUCGGAGGGAGAUCGGCCUGCUGCCUGCCGUGUGCUUCAUCAUCGGCUCGGUGGUGGGCAGCGGGAUCUUCAUCGCACCCAAGGGAGUCCUGUUGAACAGCGGCAGCGUGGGGCUCUCCCUGCUGGUGUGGGCGCUGUGUGGGGUCCUCUCGAUGCUCGGGGCCCUGUGCUACGCUGAACUGGGCACCAGUUUUACAAAAUCAGGGGGCCACUACACGUAUCUACUGGAGACACUGGGGCCACUGCCUGCCUUUUUACGACUCUGGUCUGAGUGCUUCUUAAUCAGGCCAGCUGUGGCUUCCUAUGUGUCCCUGGCUUUUGGCCGCUAUGUGGUGGAGCCGUUCUUUGCACCAUGUGAUGCUCCCAUAGUGCUCAUCAAACUGGUCAGCAUCCUGGGAUUGACGUUAGUCGUGGCAAUCAACUGCUGGAGUGUGACCAUGGCCUCCCGCACUCAGAUCACCUUGACUUUCAUAAAGAUGUUCGCUCUGGUCCUCAUCAUCAUCCCUGGAGGCAUCGCACUGGCCAAAGGAAAAACAGAGAGUUUCCAGAAUGGUUUUGAGGUUGACUCAUUUAAACUGGAUACGUUGCCACUGGCCUUCUAUAACGGCCUCUAUGCCUACAGUGGAUGGUUUGCUCUGAACUUUAUCACAGAAGAGGUGAUAAACCCAAAUAGAAACAUCCCGCUGGCAAUAAUCUGCUCCAUGGUGACAGUGACAGUCUGUUACGUGCUUGUUAAUGUGGCCUACUUCACCAUGAUGACUCCCGCUGAGCUGCUGCUGUCUGAGGCUGUGGCUGUGACGUUUGCGAACCGUGCUCUCCAGGGAUUGGCUUCUGUGAUCCCCUUCCUCGUGGCGAUGUCUUGCCUUGGGGCGCUUAACGGCGGCAUCUUUGGGUCACCCAGGAUGGUGUUUGUGGCAGCCAGAGACGGCCACUGGCCCCCAAUCUUUUCCAUGAUUCACAUCCGCAGACGCACACCUUUGCCUGCUGUGGUAUUCCUGUACCCCUUGAUGGUGGUGGUGUUAAUCACUGGAGAGAUCUACCAGCUCAUCAACUUUGUCUCCUUUUCUCGCUGGCUCUUCAUCGCUAUGGCAACCUCGGGGAUGCUCCUCCAUCGACAUCGCUUCCCCAACCACCCACGGCCUUUCAAGGUGCCGCUGGCCAUCGUGGUUACCUUCACCGUGGUUUGCUUCUUCAUCGUGGGUCUGUCUCUGUACUCGGACCCCUGGAACACCGGGAUGAGCAGUGCUCUCACACUGACCGGGAUCCCAGUUUACUAUGUGACCAUCUACCGCUAUCGCGUACCACAUAGAUUGAGACGCAUCUUUGACUACUUCAGCAAGCACCUGCAGAUCCUUCUAGAAGUGACUCAACAGGAAGUCCAGACGUACUGAAGAGCUCUUUCUACUGGAUGCCACCUUAACCAGUCCAAGCAUCUUUUUUUGUUUCGAUUUUAAGCAUCCAUUUGAAUAUUGUAAUCAUUUUAAGAUUUUUUUAAAGAACACUACUACAAAACAAUGCUGGAAACAGGUUGUGUAUCUGACUUCUCUUGUAGAAUUUUACUAGCACUUUUGUGCAUUGGACUUUAUGUUACGCUUAUGUUGGACACUACUGGAGUACGAGGUGCUCACUAUCAUUCUCCAUGAACAUCUAAAUUUCUGCCUACAAAGUUUUGUAAGACCAAUAAAGUCAUUCUUGAAUCACAAAGACAAUCUA